GGAAUGAAGCACAGAGGAUUCUAAGUGGGGUUCUUCGCGGGGCGCAGCUGCGCGGCUGCAGGGGAAGAAAAACGAGGCUUGGGCGGGGGUGUCUGGGUCUCUCCGAUCUCCCUGCCCCGAGUGGAGGAUUUCUGGUGUCUCCUGCGUUUCUCUGGGAGGCGUGGUGUUCAGGAGUGUGGAACCUCGGAUCCUGGGAAUACUGCAACAUCCAGAUGGCACAGUGUUGAAACAGUUACAGCCACCUCCAAGGGGCCCAAGAGAGCUGGAAUUUUAUAAUAUGGUAAGUAAGGUUUAUGCUGCUGAUUGUAGUGAUGGUAUUCUUCUAGAGCUACGAAAAUAUUUGCCAAAAUAUUAUGGUAUCUGGUCACCUCCCACUGCACCAAAUGAUUUAUACCUAAAACUGGAAGAUGUGACCCAUAAAUUUACUAAGCCCUGUAUAAUGGAUGUAAAGAUAGGGCGAAAAAGUUACGAUCCUUUUGCCUCAUCUGAGAAGAUUCAGCAACAGGUCAGCAAGUACCCAUUAAUGGAAGAGAUUGGAUUCUUGGUGCUUGGCAUGAGGGUUUAUCAUGUUCAUUCUGAUAGCUAUGAGACACAAAACCAGCACUUUGGGAGAAGCUUAACAAAAGAAACUAUAAAGGAUGGAGUCUCCAAGUUUUUUCAUAAUGGGUUCAGCUUAAGAAAAGAUGCUAUCGCUGCCAGUAUUCAGAAGAUUGAGAAAAUUCUGCAGUGGUUUGAAAGCCAGAAGCAACUUAAUUUUUAUGCAAGUUCAUUACUAUUUGUUUAUGAAGGUUCAUCUCAGUCAACCACUACAAAAUCAAAUGACAGAACUUUGGCAGAAAAAUUCUUGUCCAAAGGACCACUGUCUGACACAGAAGUACUGGAGUACAAUAAUAACUUCCAUAUGUUAAGUUCCACAAUGAAUGGAAAAAUAGAGUCUUCAGUAGGCAAGAACUUAUCUAAGAUGUAUGCUCGUCACAGAAAAAUGUAUUCAAAAAAGCAUCACAGUCAGACUUCACUGAAAGUUGAAAAUAUGGAGCAAGACAAUGGAUGGAAAAGCAUGUCACAAGAACAUUUAAAUGGAAAUGUACUUUCCCAACUGGAAAAAGUUUUCUACCAUCUUCCCACUGGUUGCCAAGAGGUUGCAGAAGUGGAAGUGCGAAUGAUCGAUUUUGCUCAUGUGUUCCCUAGCAACACAAUAGAUGAGGGAUACAUUUAUGGUUUAAAGAAUUUAAUUACUGUACUUCGAAGUAUUUUAGACAGUUGAAUCUUUUGCUGUAGUCUUUUUAAGGAGUGGGCCAGUUAUACUGAAGAGCAGUAGUCAUUAUCUCUGCAUCUGUAAUGCUGUGUAAAAAAUUUGUAUUGUGAGUUGAUGUUUUAUUUGUCUUUAUACUUUUGGUAGAAAGAUUAUCUUUUUUAUACUCUUACUCAGGAAUACUAAUUUGUUCAUUAGAAAACUAUGAAGAAUAAAGAAACAGGAAUGUUAAGCAGGGAUGUGGUGGUACAUGGCUUCAACAUCUAUUUGGCUCAAGCAAAAUGCAAGCCAUUAUUCAGUUGUAAGAGUUUAUGUAGCUCUCUGUAGCCAAUUUAUCAUGAACUCUGUCCACCCAACCUUGACAAUGAGCCAUAUCUUACCUAUUACAUUAUUAAACACCUUCAGAAAUCUA